CAAAAUGGAAGUGAGUCCUCCAUUUUGUUUGUUUUCUCGGUGUGCGGUGUAAAGGAUAUCGUGUCUCGUUGUUGUAGAGUUUUUUGGUAAACGCCCGUAAACGUUAGGGUUCCCGUACGCUUACGGGACCGCCGGGACGGGUGUAUAUAUGUGUCUAGUUCGUGUCCCUCGGUCAGAGGGUUCGACAAAUAGCAGACAUUGGGCGCAUCGCGAGUAAGCACUUCGUCAAAUUGACCACAGUCGCCGGCUCCAGGAACAGUAAUAGUAGUAAUCCGUACGCGAACGCCGUUUACCGGUGCGAUUCAUCUACCGGGAACACUCUUCCAACGUAUAAAGAAGUUGGCCCAAAAAAAAGCAAAAAGGAACCUCGGACGCCUCCCCUCAUCUCAUCAACGAUGAACCACGUGACGGGACAAGACAGGCGUAACGAUAUCAACCCCCAAAAUAACGUCAACGAGGUCGAAGAAAUGGAAACGCAAGAAGUCACCCCAAUGGACUAUAUAACAGAUAGUGGAGGAGGCGAAAUGGAGUCCCAAAACGGAGAUGCUGCCAUUGGGCCCCAACCUGAACCCGCAGUAGGCACCCGAGACAUUGAUAUGGAUGAGGAAGACGAUGCCCGGUCAGAGGCCACCUUCCAUUUCGUUGUACCGCAAUUCAGCAAGCUCAAGGAUUCUGUGCUAUCUCCACCAUGUUACGUUAGAAACCUUCCGUGGAAAAUAAUGGUAAUGCCGAGAACGAGUCACGCGCAAGAAAGGACACCAGCCCAAAAAUCGCUUGGGUUUUUUUUGCAAUGUAACGGAGAGAGUGAAUCAAGUUCUUGGUCGUGUUAUGCAGUUGCUGAAUUAAGAUUGUUAUCGGUUCGACAGGAAGUGGAGUCUUUUUCUAGAAAAAUUCAACAUUUGUUUUAUUCGAAGGAAAACGAUUGGGGAUUUUCGCAUUUUAUGAGUUGGAAUGAUGUGUUGGAUCCAGAAAAAGGUUACAUAAAGGAUGAUACGAUUACUUUGGAGGUGCACGUAUGCGCCGAUGCCCCUCACGGCGUCUCUUGGGAUAGUAAAAAACACACGGGUUACGUUGGUUUGAAAAAUCAAGGUGCCACGUGUUAUAUGAACUCUUUAUUGCAAACUUUAUACUUUACGAAUCAGUUGCGCAAAGCCGUUUAUAAGAUGCCGACGGAGUCCGACGACUCUACGAAGUCGGUUGCGUUAGCUCUACAAAGGGUUUUUCACGAAUUACAAUUUUCUGAUAAGCCGGUUGGUACGAAGAAGCUAACUAAGAGUUUUGGUUGGGAAACGCUUGAUAGUUUUAUGCAGCACGAUGUUCAAGAAUUUUUACGCGUUUUACUUGAUAAAUUGGAGAGUAAAAUGAAAGGAACUUGCGUCGAGGGAACCGUUCCGAAGCUGUUUGAAGGCAAAAUGGUUUCUUAUAUCCGUUGUAAAAAUGUUAAUUAUACUAGUAAUCGUACGGAAACUUUUUAUGAUAUCCAAUUAAAUAUAAAAGGUAAAAAAAACAUUGACGAAUCUUUCAAAGAUUACAUUGCAACGGAAACCCUUGACGGAGAGAAUAAAUACGACGCGGGCGAACACGGCUUACAAGACGCGGAAAAAGGAGUCAUCUUCUCAUCGUUUCCCCCAGUUUUACAUCUACAUUUAAUGCGAUUCCAAUACGAUCCCAUUACAGAUUGUUCCGUUAAGUUUAACGAUCGUUUUGAGUUUUACGAAAAGAUCUCCUUGGAUAAUUAUCUUCAAGACCCGGAUCCGACUAAUCCCGCGAAUUACACCUUACAUGCUGUGUUAGUACAUUCCGGUGAUAAUCACGGUGGUCAUUACGUUGUAUUUAUUAAUCCGAAAGGUGACGGAAAAUGGUGUAGAUUCGACGAUGAUGUGGUUUCGCGUUGUACAAAACAAGAGGCGAUUGAUUAUAAUUAUGGGGGCCACGAAGAAGAUAUGAACAUGACGGUUAAACAUUGUACUAACGCGUAUAUGUUGGUUUAUAUCCGCGAUUCCGAGUUGCAUAACGUAUUAAAGGAAGUCUCAGAGGCGGAUAUUCCGAGUGAAUUAGCCGAUCGAUUAGCCGAGGAGAAACGAAUGGAACAAGUGAGGCGUAAAGAACGGAGUGAAGCUCAUUUAUAUAUGACUAUAAACGUUUUGUUGGAGGAUGCCUUCGAUGGACACCAAGGUAACGAUUUAUACGAUCCUGAAAAGGCGUGUUAUCGCGUUUUUAAGAUCAAAAAGACUGCUACGGUUGCUGAAAUGCUCGAGAUGUUAGCGGUUAGCUUUAAAUAUCCGCCUGAACAAAUUCGACCUUGGCCUUUUGGGACUAGAUCGAACAACACUUUUCGACCUAGCAUGUUGGAUCAAGAACAAGAUUUACAUAAAAGCGUAAUUGACGCAUCUGAAAAUCAAAAUCCUUGGAAUAUAUUCUUGGAGUUGCUUCCGCCCGAUUCUGAAUUAACCGCGUUGUUACCGUUUGAUAAGGAAACGGAUGUUUUAAUGUUUUUUAAAAUGUACGACCCAAAACAGAAAAAGAUUCAUUAUUGCGGACAUAGUUAUUUAGCGGUUACUAGUAAAUUAGCGGAUAUCGUCCCUAUGUUGAACGAGAGGGCCGGAUUUCCCCGAGACACCGAGUUGGUUCUGUACGAAGAAAUUCGACCGAAUAUGGUCGAUAGAAUUAACGACUUAAAUUCGUCGUUGGAGCGAGUCCUCGAUGAAUUAAUGGACGGGGAUAUAAUCGUGUUUGAAAAGGAGGAUCGAGAGGAGCUCUCCGAUUUACCAACUUGCGUUGAGUUCUUUAAAGAUUUGUUUCAUAGGGUUGAAGUAACCUUCGUUGAUAAGUGUAUACCCAAUGAUCAAGGAUUCACUAUGGAGUUAUCUCAACGGAUGACUUAUGAUCAAUUAGCUAGGGCUGUUGCCCAAAGAGUUGGCACCGAUCCUUAUUUAUUGCAGUUCUUUAAAUGCCAAAAUUAUAAAGAUAGUCCAGGUAACGCUUUAAGAUGCACAUUCGAAGGAACAUUAAAAGAUUUGUUGGUGUUCACAAAGCCGAAGAUGCCGAAAAAAAUCUUUUACCAACAACUAAGUAUCCGGGUGAACGAGCUCGAAACUAAAAAACAAUUUAAAUGCGUCUUUAUUGGUUUGAAAAUGCGUGAUGAAAAGGAAUUAAUUUUAUACCCGAACAAAAACGGAACCGUCGGCGAUUUAUUCGAAGAGGCGAAAAAGCAGAUUGAGUUUUCCGAGGGGAGCACAGGAAAAUUACGGUUAACUGAGGUCUCGUGCAAUAAAGUUUCGCUCGGGCCCAAAGAGGACACUCUUUUGGAAGGAUUAACGCUCUGCGCGACUAAGAUUUAUCGAAUAGAGGAGGUGCCGAGGGAUGAGUUACACAUGGGCGAUGAUGAAAUGUUGAUUCCGUGCGCUCAUUUCCACAAGGAGGCUUUUUCGACUUUUGGAGCACCCUUUUUGAUUCGAAUUAAGCAAGGGGAACCGUUUGCGAGAGUAAAAGAGCGUAUCCAAAAAAAAUUAGCUUUGCCCGAGAAAGACUUUGAAAAGAUCAAAUUUGCAAUUAUAACAAUGAAUCAACCCCAAUUUAUUCGAGACGAUGAGUAUGUUGUUAAUCUCUCCGAGUUUAAAUGGAAUGCGGCUCAACCUGCUGGGAGACCUUGGUUGGGAUUGGAGCACGUUAACAAAGCCCCGAAAAGGGCGAGGUUCAAUUACUUGGAGAAAGCGAUAAAAAUCUAUAAUUGAGACUGAGACUUUUUAAGUUUACGCAAAGAACUACUUCUACUACCACACUAUUAAUUAAUUAAUUACAAUUUUUAACUAAAAAGCAUAUAAAGGAAAACUCCCGUUUUUCUUUCAUCUCUCUCUUUCUCUCUCUUAUUUCCUUCCUAGCUAAAGGUUUAUAAAAAUGUAUAUCUUAAAAAUAAACAAGUGUGGUAGCAUCGGUAGAAGAAAACGGAUGAAUAUUAAUUAAUUUAACAAAGGCCGAGAAGAUUGUGAAAGUUUAUAUUAACUAAUAAUAUAGUUGUUGAGAGUUUAAUUUUUAAUUAUAUACUUUAGCCGCCUUAUUUAAA